AUGAGCUACAACAAGAAAGACGAAGACAGCGAGGGCGCCAUUGUCAAGGUCGACCGCACCUCCGUCUUCCAGGAAGCCCGCGUCUUCAACUCGUCGCCGAUCUCGCCGCGCAGGUGCCGCAUCCUCCUCACCAAGAUUGCCCUGCUUCUCUUUACCGGCGAGAAGUUCCCCACCAAUGAGGCUACUUCGCUGUUCUUUGGCAUCUCGAAGCUCUUCCAGAACAAGGAUGCCAGCCUGCGCCAGAUGGUCUACCUUGUCAUCAAGGAGCUCGCCAACACCGCCGAGGAUGUUAUCAUGGUCACGAGCAGUAUUAUGAAGGACACGGCUGUCGGCAGCGAUGUUGUGUAUCGCGCCAACGCCAUAAGAGCUCUCUGCCGUGUUAUUGAUUCCUCGACAGUACCAGCCAUUGAGCGUCUGAUCAAGACCGCCAUCGUCGACAAGACCCCCUCCGUCUCGUCCGCCGCUCUCGUUUCCUCUUACCACCUCCUUCCCGUCGCCCGCGACGUCGUUCGGAGAUGGCAGUCCGAGACCCAGGAAGCUGCCUCGGCCACCAAGUCCUCUGGCGGCUUCUCCCUGGGCUUUGGCACCUCGCACUCGAACCUUGCCGCCGCAAACACCAACUUUAUGACCCAAUACCAUGCCAUUGGCUUGCUCUACCAGAUGCGCUCGCACGACCGUAUGGCGCUUGUCAAGAUGGUGCAGCAGUACAGCGCUGCCGGUGUUGUCAAGAGCCCGGCGGCCACUGUUCUGCUGGUUAGGCUGGCGGCUAAGCUGGCGGAAGAGGACCCCAACCUUCGCAGGCCCAUGAUGCAGCUUCUCGACGGCUGGUUGCGCCACAAGAGCGAAAUGGUCAACUUUGAGGCUGCCAAGGCCAUCUGCGACAUGAAGGACGUCUCCGACUCUGAGAUUGUGCAGGCCGUGCAUGUACUCCAGCUCUUCCUGACCUCUCCCCGUGCUGUCACCAAGUUCGCUGCCAUUCGCAUCCUGCACAACUUUGCUUCCUUCAAGCCCGACGCUGUGCGCCAGUGCAACCCAGACAUCGAGGCACUGAUCACGAACAGCAACCGCUCCAUCGCAACCUUUGCUAUCACGACCCUCCUUAAGACCGGCAACGAGUCGAGCGUCGACCGCCUGAUGAAGCAGAUUUCCGGAUUCAUGGCUGAGAUCACGGACGAGUUCAAGGUCACGAUUGUGGAGGCUAUUAGGACGCUGUGCUUGAAGUUCCCGUCGAAGCAGGCCGGCAUGCUCGCUUUCCUCAGCGGCAUUUUGAGGGAUGAGGGUGGCUACGAAUUCAAGCGUGCCGUUGUCGAAUCCAUGUUCGAUCUCAUCAAGUUCGUUCCGGAGAGCAAGGAGGAUGCUUUGGCUCAUCUGUGCGAGUUCAUCGAAGACUGUGAAUUCACCAAGCUCUCAGUCCGCAUUCUGCACCUUCUCGGCAUGGAGGGACCCAAGACGCCUCAGCCCACGAAGUACAUCCGCUACAUCUACAACCGCGUCGUCCUGGAGAACUCCAUAGUCCGCGCUGCUGCUGUCACUGCCCUCGCUAAGUUUGGCGUUGGUCAGAAGGAUCCAGAAGUUAAGCGUAGCGUCCGCGUCCUUUUGACCCGCUGCCUCGACGACACGGAUGAUGAAGUCCGUGACCGUGCCGCUCUAAACAUGAGACUCAUGGAUGAUGACGAUGAAGAUGCCCACAAGUUCAUUCGUAAUGAUUCCAUGUUCUCCCUUCCCACGCUCGAGCACCAGCUUGUCAUGUACGUCACUGCAGAUGAUAAGGAGACCUUCUCCCAGCCUUUCGACCUUUCCAAGGUCCCCGUUGUCACCCGGGAACAAGCCGAUGCCGAGGAUCGUACCAAGAAGCUUACCUCCGCAACUCCCACCCUCAAAGCACCUUCCACAGGACCCAAGCCGGCUGCCCGCAGCGGUGCGGACGCUGCUGCAUCUGCAACUGCUGCUGCCCAGAAAUAUGCUGCCCAGCUCCAGGCCAUCCCCGAGAUUGCUGCAUUUGGUGGCGUUCUCAAGUCUUCUCCGAUCGUGGAGCUCACCGAGUCCGAGACCGAGUACGUCGUUUCGGCAAUCAAGCACAUCUUCAAGGAGCACAUCGUUCUUCAGUACGAUAUCAAGAAUACACUUCCCGACACCGUUCUCGCCGACGUCACUAUGGUUGUCUCUCCGGCCGAGGAAGAGGAGUCUGGCCUUGAGGAGGAGUUCAUCAUUCCUGCGCCUGCGCUUAAGACUGAUGAGCCUGGUACUGUCUACGUCUCGUUCAAGCGCACCGAGGGCGAGGCCACAUACGUUGCAUCCAGCUUCACGAACAUCCUCAAGUUUACUCUCAAGGAAAUUGAUCCGUCCACAAACGAGCCUGAAGAGGGUGGCUAUGAAGACGAGUACCAGGUUGAGGAUCUCGACCUCAAUGGUGCCGACUAUAUCGUUCCGGCGUAUGCAGGCAGUUUUGACAAUGUGUGGGAACAAUCGGGUGCCGGCGAGGAAGCAACGGAAACUCUGCAGCUUAGUGCUCUCAAGAGCAUACAAGACGCUGUGGAGCAAAUCCCCAAGACUCUCUCCCUGCAACCGCUUGAGGGCACUGACGUCGCCCUCAGCACCUCGACGCACACGCUCAAGCUGUACGGCAAGACCAUCACGGGCGGUAAGGUUGCGGCGCAGGUACGCAUGGCUUUCGCGUCCAAGACGGGCGUGACCAUGAAGAUCAAUGUCCGGUCGGAAGAGGAAGGUGUGGCAACGUUGGUCAUUAAUAGCGUGGCAUAG